AACAAACACAAGAUGAUGUAGGAAAAGUGAAGCUCUGUGAUCACUUUCUGGAGACACAGUAUGUAUGUAUGUAUGUAUGUGUGUGCGUGCGCGCGUGCGUGGCCGGCCACUCUCUGUAUUGCUAACAGGCACAAUAGCGCAUCAAUCACCAGGCAAAAAGGCCCACGACUGCGUGUGCGCGCGAUGACGUCAAUCUGCUGAAAGGCGGCCGACACAAAAGCGGGGCGGGCGGGUCAUUAGCCGCACCUUUGGGUCGGCACCAUGUGAACCCCUCGCCCCCUCCCACGGGAAAUAUUUUAACGGGACGACCCGGUCGCCACGGCGACACUUUACGAGGGGGCGGGAUGCGAUGUCCAGCGGUCACCGUGGGGAAAAAAAAGUGACGAUGACGGUAACCAACGACUUUUCCCACAAGAACCUGUGAGGAGGCGGCACGGAGGAGGGAAAUUGUCCUCAGGUGUGAAUUGCAAGGUUUGUUUGUCUAUAUGCACGCCGCAAUUGGCUGGCGACCAGUCCAGGGUGUCCCCCGCCUCUCGCAGAAGACGACCGAUGAUGGAACAUGUACGGAAUCAUGUCCAGGUGACUCCCCGUCAAAGCAUCAGUCCCGCCUCAACACUUCCAACGAGACCUUCACUUUGCGUGUGUGUGCGUGAGAGAGGCACGCAGUCACCACGGCGACCCCGGUACCAAGCAUGUGUGACAUCACGCCAUCGAAUGAAUAUAAAAGGGCGGCCGGGACCUCGGUCCUCAGACGCGUCCCGACCGGGAGGAACUUUUUUGGGGCUCAUUAGCUAACGACGACCGACACGAGUUGUGUCGGGAUCUCGGUACGAGUCCUGCGAAGCGCAUCGAAACGACAACGAGCGACAGCUUCCGGCCAAUCUCAGCGCAACGUGACUGACCUGAAAAUGGACGCCUCUGCAGCCUCCUUCCUCUCCCUCCUGGUCCUUAUCUUCAUCCUCAACCUCGCCGCCGAGGCCGGGCCUGCGUCUCAGGGUCGCGAUGUCAAGGCCAUGACCGCACUGUUUGGCUCGCGGCUCUCCUCUCUCCUCAUGGCCCCGCCGCCGCCCCCGUCCGAGGGCUCAGCGGAAGGUCCGGCGGCGGCGGUGGGGUCACGCUUCCUCGUGGACGACCUGCGGCGACACGCCAAGAUGAGGAGGCGCGGCGGGAAGUGGACGGCGCUGGGAGGACGAGGAUGCUUCGGCUUGAAGAUGGAUCGCAUCGGCGCGGUCAGCCGUCUCGGAUGCUGA